AUCCGGCAAAUGUUGUCGGCUGCUGUCAGCGAACGAGUCUUUUCCAUCUUGUCAGCCAACGAAAGUAGGUAAACACUAAAAAUGGCCGAUACUUCGUCUCACCUGAGCUGGUUGAUCAUUCGUGAUCACAACGCUUUCCUGCUGAAGCGCCGCAACAUCAAGAAGCCGUUCAGUACGGAGGCCAACAACUUGACCAACCUGAGCUCGUUCCGUUACAGCGGACUGGUCCACAAGAAAUCGCUGGGAGUCGUUCCUGCCGACAAGGGCAUCCAAGUCGUGUACAAGCGACCAAAAUACCAGACCAAGCCAGCCAAGGCCACCGUCAAGGUUACGCUGAAGCACCGCCCACGUCGCACCCUGAAGAAGCUGAAGAACAUCGUUAACGAGAACCGUUACCGUCGGGAUCUGCGUCAGGCUGCUCUGCGUCGUGCCAGUGCUAUUCUGCGAUCGCAGCGACCUGCUUCGGCCAAGAAGGGCAAGGCUGCCGCCGGUGCUGGAGCCCCUGCUGCUGCUGCCGCCGCAGCCCCCAAGAAGGCCGAAUAAGCGGUAGGAGGAGCGUCGUGUGAAACGAACGGAAGGAAACAUGAACAUCCCUUGUUGUAACUACGGAAACAUCUCGUAACAAGUUGUCGUUGUCUCUGUGAGCUCACGAUAACAGGAAAAUACAAAACAUGAUUUGAUGCUGUGAAAAUUU